AUGUCUGGUACAUCUGAAUUUAACAAUCCUUUGCGUAAAUUUAAACUUGUUUUUCUUGGCGAGCAAAGUGUUGGGAAAACAUCGCUCAUUACAAGGUUUAUGUAUGAAACAUUUGACAGUGUAUACCAGGCAACUAUUGGCAUAGAUUUCCUUUCGAAAACCAUGUAUCUGGAGGACCGGACUAUCCGUCUUCAGCUUUGGGACACUGCUGGCCAGGAGCGAUUUCGCAGCCUGAUACCUAGCUACAUCAGAGAUUCCUCAGUUGCUGUUGUUGUGUAUGAUAUUUGCAGUGAAGAGUCGUUUUCACAGACUACUAAAUGGAUUGAUGAUGUUCGCAAUGAAAGAGGGAACGACGUAAUUAUCAUGCUAGUGGGCAACAAAACAGACCUCGCAGACAAACGAAAAGUUACAACUGAAGAAGGUGAGCUUCUGGCAACAGAGCUCAAUGUUAUGUUCGUCGAAACGAGCGCAAAGGCUGGCUACAACGUUAAGAAUGUACGCUUAUUGACCUUUUCAAUCGUUGGCGUGCCCUUGAAUGGACCAUAUAAUCCCAACCUAUCAGAAAUCAUAAUUCGGAAUGAUUUUGGCUAA